UCACCUCCCCACUACCACACGAAACGGAAACCACCGGUUGCGUGCACGUCCCCUACAUUCCCCAGCGCCUGCCCGCCGACGUCAAACUCACUCCCCAAUACAAUGGACCUGAAGGGCGCCUCCAAUGGAGCCCUCGUAAACGGACAUGCUCCGAGCGCCUCAGAGCGCAUACAAAUCAUUAAUGACGAGAAGCAAUUCACGUCCCCCGAACUGAACAAGCAAAUUGAGCGAUGGGGCUUAUAUGAUGCCGGAUUCGGGUACAACAUCGUGGCAGUUUUUGGCUCGCAGUCUACUGGAAAGAGCACACUUCUGAAUCGCUUGUUUGGUACCACGUUCGAUGUAAUGGACGAGACCAGGCGGCAACAGACAACGAAGGGAAUCUGGAUGUGUCGCGGAAAGGGGAUGAACGUCAUGGUCAUGGAUGUGGAGGGCACGGACGGCCGUGAGCGCGGCGAGGACCAAGACUUCGAGCGCAAAUCCGCACUGUUCUCGUUGGCGUCCUCAGAGGUGCUCAUCGUCAAUCUUUGGGAGCACCAAGUCGGUCUCUAUCAAGGCGCGAACAUGGGUCUCCUGAAGACAGUGUUUGAAGUCAACCUCGGACUGUUCGGCAAGAACACGUCUAAUGGGAGGACGCUACUGCUCUUCGUCAUCCGCGACCACAUUGGACAAACGCCGCUUGCGAACUUGCAGGCUACGCUGACGGCGGACAUGAACCGCAUCUGGGAGUCUCUGUCCAAACCCGAAGAGCUCAGGGACCGUGUCCUGUCGGACUAUUUCGACCUAUCCUUCACGACACUCUCCCACAAAAUUCUUGUCCCGGACAAGUUUGAAGCCGAUGUGGUCAACCUUCGCAAGCGGUUCGUGGACAAGGAUGACCCAGCCUUUUUGUUCAAGCCCGCUUACCACAAACGUAUUCCCGCCGAUGGUGUGGCCUUUUACAUGGAAAACAUCUGGGAACAAGUCCAGACGAAUAAAGACCUUGACUUGCCGACUCAACAAGAACUGCUCGCUCAGUUCCGGUGCGACGAAAUAUCUGCGGGCGCUCUCGCCGAAUUCAACGAGCAAGCUAAACCUCAAAAGCGACCUAUCGAAGCCGGUCGCGUCGUCGAUGGUCUGGGAGGGAUGAUGCGAGCAUGGCGAACACAAGCUCUAGCUCGCUACGACAAGGACGCUUCACGAUACCAUCAAGGUGUUUACAAGCGCAAGCGUGCUGAUCUCGUAGCGACGCUCGAUGCCACGCUUUCUCCUCUCUUCCUCGGCCAGUUGAAGAAUCUGCACAAAACAUGUCUCGUGACCUUCAAGAAGGAGAUGCUAGACGGUCUCAAGGGCGAGACGUACAACUUUGCUGAUGUGGUUUCUGCUGCCCGCAAGCGGUGCCUUAGUCGGUUUGAGACGGGUGCGAAGGAGGCACUCGUUGAAGGUGCAGACUGGAGCUGGGAAGAGGAGUCGGGCCUGCUGCAGGAGGAAGUGCGGACGGUUGCUGACCAGUGCCGCAAGGACGAGACCAAGAAGAUGGUCAACCAGAUUGAAAGGACCUUCAAAAAGCAGAUUUCAGAGCCCGUUGAUUUGGCUCUUAACAAAGCUGCUCCCAACAUGUGGGAUGACAUCCUGUCGGCGUUCAAGAAGAACUUGGACAGAGUCGAGGCCUCUUAUCUGACUAAAGCAACCAGCUUUAACUGCACCGACGAAGAGAACACGACUUCUCUUGCUGUUCUGCGGAGGAGAGCAUGGCAAGCCCUGCGUUCUAAGAUUGACGAGCAGACCGCGGACUCUGUCAUUCUCACCAAGCUUCGAGCUCAUUUCGAGGAGCGAUUCCGAUACGACGAGACGGGUGUUCCGCGGGUCUGGAAGCCAGAGGAUGAUAUCGAUGGUGCUUUCAAAAAGGCCAAGGACCAGACUCUGGACCUUAUUCCACUGUACUCGAAGAUCCAACCCCAGGAUUCAUCUCUUGAGUACACACUGCCGGAGGAUUCGAUCAACUUGCCCUCCGACGGUUCUCCAGAUGAGGAAUUCGAUUUCGCCGCGUCCCUAGUCGUCUUCUCCGAGACCAAGGCUCUCGAGUUGACACAAAAGUUCCGCAAGGAGGCGGACGCUUAUUACGUGGAGGCAAAACGGAGCACUGUCGCGAGCAUUGCUCAGAUCCCGUACUGGAUGUAUGGCGUGCUUGUUGUGCUGGGCUGGAACGAAGCCAUGGCUGUUCUCUUCAACCCACUCUAUUUCACGUUCCUACUCUUGGCUGUCGCCUCUGGCUGGGUCGUUGUCCAACUGGGCUUGGUCGGACCUCUUUUCCAGAUCACAAGGACCAUUGGUGGCGAGGUUCAGAAACAAGCCUCGAACCGGUUACGGGAACACUUUUCCCAGCCUGUCCUUACGGAGCCCGUGCGGGCACAGUCGAUCAAGAGCGAGGAAGACGAGUCAUUCGAGCGACGUCGGCCCCAGCCCUUGUGAAUGUGAUGUGUUGCACAUAACUGUCAAGUAUUUCUUUAUUGUGCCGGCCACUUGCCGUAUAAUUAUGGAUGGAUCUCGCGUUUAUACACCCUUACAUAUUUUGCAUACUCUUACGACUAUAACGCCCUGUUCAGUGUUCUUCUCGAGUGAUACUGCCAGCUGGAAUGACCGCCAUGCUUUGACGCAAGUCGUCCUGUCCUCGCCAGAUUGAGUGAAGUUCUGGCCCAUUGUUACGACUAGUAGACCCUCUGAUGGCCAAUUGGACAAUGCCGAUUGGUAUGAGGGCACACACCGGCUGUCCUUCCCCGAUCAAGGAGCAAUGACGGAGUUUCUCUGUGUGUCUCCGGUCGUCGCUCAUAACGCUCUGUUCCAGCCCUGCUAGGCCUUAUCGCAUGUGACAGACACAUGAUGCGCAUUGCGGAUUUCCAAUCUCUUCCACGCCGCAGUCAUGUUUGCCCGGUUGCGCACUCCCGUACUCAAGAACACAGGCUCGGUUGCGCGAGAUCAUCUUGCGUCGGAGCGGACCUUCCUCGCCUGGCUGCGAACCGGUCUGGGGUUCGUCGCCCUGGGCAUCGCCGUCGAGCGAUUCGCGCAACUCGAUCUCGAGGGCGUGCUCCGCCAGCUCCAGGCUCCCAGCCAUCAGCAAUCUACGUCUUCAACGCCUUCCACGCCCCUGAAACCCGCGGAGGACGACUGGGAGGUCGGGCAUGACGCGCUUGUGGGCGCGUUGCUGGGCACGGGCGGAGGCUCGAUUGCGUACGGGACCGCGCGGUAUUUCUCGAAUAUGCGGUUGCUCGAGCAGGGAUUGUUCAAGCCGGCGUAUUACGGCGCUGGGAUGCUCGGGAUCGCGGUUGCUGGGCUUGCAGGUGGUGUGUAUGUCAUGAGAGGGAGAAGCGGUACCACCGAUGAUGGGAGGUAACGAGAUGCUGGCGCGUCUGCAAUUUCGCGGCGGCCGGCUCGCUCGCGAGCUGUUCUCACCACGAUGAUCCAUGUUGGUUCGCCACCCGAUUUAUAUGUAUUAGAGAAUCUGGAGCACGGUGCGCUCGAAUAUGCUACCAAUACAGUCAGUAUAUACUAUACCACACAUAUCCGUGCGCAUCUCGUUUCGAACAAGCCAAGCGUUCACGGAUGGAAGUUCAAGCGUGUGCAGAUGUGAUGAGCCUGUUUGAAAUCUGGUCGGCCGCACCUUUGGGUUGAUUCCUUCACGCCCGGAAUGCCCGGUGUGCUCGGGUGCUUGGUAUACAUAUCGCGAAUGACCGAAAGGACGAAGAGCAUGGCGAGAAGUCGUUGAGAGGGUCUUCUGAAAUUCCACUGAACUGCAGUCGUAUGAAACGUGAGGCCAGAUCGCAACCAUCAAGACUGAACGUUUCCAACGUUCAAGAUUAGUGGCCGUCAGGAACAGCCUCUGCCGCUACAGCAGACUCGGC